AUGGAGGAAUUCAAUUGGCGUGAUGAAAAAAGUGUGAACAUAACAAGCGAUUUGAGUAGUUUCGAAGAGGAAAGAAUUGAAAAUGGCGACGGAGAUGCAUCUGCUAAUACACUAAUUCAGGAAGUUACUGCUGGUAGUUCUACACUGGAAGGAGUGAGUACACCAGCUGCUACAACGGAGUCAGAUUUGCAUAGCGUAGAGUCGGCUAUCGGCCGUCUUUCCUUGUCACAGCCCGCGCUACCCUUCAAUACACCACCGACAAGAAGCUCUCGCCUGAAUAUGUCUACCGGAAAUAUUAGUGGCCAUUCGAGCAAACCGCCUCGCCCUCAGAAAGUGCCCCUUUCACAAACACUCGAGGAGAAUAAGUAUCUUAGAGAGGAAAUAGCCGUACUAAAGAGUAAACUCAAUGUUGAACAGUACAAAGUGGCAGAGCUAACUUCUCUUCAGACACGAGAAGUGCAGGACAUCUUAGAGGAGUACUACUCACUACAAAUGGCAAAGUUUGAUUUGGAAGGAGAGAGGAAGCAAAUAGCGGAAGAAAAACGGCAGUUCAACCUUGAGAUCGAAAGCAUGGAGGUUCGAGCUAGAACGAAGAUCGAGGUUCUGGAGAGACAACUGCAUGAGAAGGAAAUCUCUGAGAAGAAAAGUCAAGCUACAAUACAGCAAUACGAGGAGCGAAUUAAACAGUUGGAGGCAGAGAUUGCUAAGUUGGAGGAAUUUCCUACAAGUAUCGAUGGCUUGAAGGGCGAAGACAGCGACUGGACCAUACGUUCGGAGGGCGAUAUAGUUUCGGAAGAACUACGAAAACGACUCGCUUCACUAGAAAGUGAGAACAAAACGCUCCGUCAGAAAAUUGAAGAACAGAAGAAAGAACUCGACGAAAAAGUUGCUGCAUUUGGCGAGACGACGUCACAGAGCAAGUUGAUUUUGCAGACGUUCACAGUGGGUGGAGGGUGCGAUGUGGAUGCUCUUCUUCAACGAAUUGACCACUUGGAGGCAUGCCUGCGCGCUGAAGAAGAGGAGCGCAACAAGACUAGUUCUGUUCUAGUGGCUUACAUGACUCGAUGUCACACUUUGGAGAAAAAGAUCCGGAAAGCGAACCUUUCUUUCAGUGAUUUGUCCGUUUCUGCCAAGAACAAAGAAGAAGUGCUGAUGCUGGUAGAGAAAAUACGGGAUGUUCUACGAGCUCUGGGGAAACAAAACAAAGAGUUGCGUAAAGAGUGCACAUUGCUCCUGGGUCUUGAUGAUCACAGCGGGUUGAGCCUUGAAUCAACUCCGUGUCGUACGCCUGGAACGAUGGAUCGAAACGUGAGCAAUUCUGGUGCGAUCGUUGAAAAAAGUCGUCUAUUUGCCGAAGAUUUUGAAAAAAAGCAGCAAGAAAUACUGGAAAACCUCAAAGCAUUGACUAACAACGUUGCAAAUUUCGACGAGAGUGUUAUCAACAUACUGAAGGACAUAGGUGGGCAACUGUUGGUCAUAUUUUUCAGUUGA